ACUCAUCAAUCUUUCAUCAUCUCCUACACCUUCGACCAUGCCACGAGCUCUUGUUACUGGAGCCACAGGUCUCCUAGGGCGAGCCAUCCACUCAGCCUUUACGGGUGCCGGGUACGAGACGACAGGUACAGGUUUCAGUCGAGCUUCAGGCUCAAUCCUGCGCCUCGACAUCCAAGAUGAAGCUGCGGUGCAGAAGGUGUUUGACGAGGUCAUACCAGAUGUGGUGAUUCACUCCGCCGCAGACCGUUCCCCCGAUAGCUGUACACGCGACCCGAUCGCAGCACGCCGACUCAAUGUCAGUGCCACCGAGACACUUGCCCGCGUGGCGUCACAGAGCAAGAAUAAGACACUGGUAAUAUACAUUUCGACGGACUAUGUGUUUUCAGGAGCACAGGGCGAGGCGCCUUACAAGACGGACGCGGCAACGGGGCCGACAAAUAUCUAUGGACAGACCAAACUCGAAGGUGAGACGGCAGUGCUACAGUAUCCCGGCACGGUCGUGCUGCGAGUGCCGGUGCUGUACGGGGCGACGGAGCCCAGAGAAAACAAUGCGGAAAGCGCUGUCAAUGUGUUGCUGGACGCCCUGUGGAAGAGCCAGAAAGAGAAUGUCAAGAUGGAUGACUGGGCCAUUCGAUAUCCAACAAAUGUUAUCGAUGUUGCUCGCGUGCUUGUCGAUAUCACUGAAAAGGCGAGAUCGAGCCCGGGUGAUGGCCAGGAUACCCUUCAGAUCCCCCGUGUCCUCCACUUCUCCAGUGAAGACCGCAUGACAAAGUAUGAGAUUGUCAAGAUCCUGGCUGAUAUCAUGGACUUGCCCGUCGAUGGUGUCAUUCCGGAUCGAGACGGCGGUAAGCCCGGCCCAGAUGGAACACUCAGACCUUUUGACUGCCAUUUGGACACGGCCACUCUGAAGGAGCUGGGCAUCAGUGUCGACACUGUCAACUUUGUCGCUUGGUGGAGGAGAUGGGUCGGUGCAUUUCGACAUUGAUUGACCAGAGAAACUUUUAGAUGAUAGACGUCUCACCACUGGGCAAAAAAC